UCGCCAGCAUUCAUUACGCACACAGUGCGCUUACUGUAGUCCGUACUGUCCUCUAGCAGUCUGUAUAUAGGUGUAGUACGUAAAUAAACUCCAGUAUCGGGCGAAACUAUUCGGAUAUUUGAAACUGAACAAACGGACACUUGUUUAAUCUGUUAUUACCGCAUUCAGUCGAGUCAAACAUGAUUCUGUUCAGAUCGGCUGUAGCUCCGCUCUUCCUCCGCUGAAAAUCGCUCGUUAAGGGGGAUUUUGUUUAACAGGGACACUUGAAAGACUCGGUGCUUUGAUUUGUCUGUUGAUAACCGUUAUCUGCUUCACGCGCAGUGUUAAUACGGACGAGAGCGCGCAAAGCGGACACUCUUCACAUGCUGAGCCAUGGAGACGCCAACUUCAGCCAAACUUCACACCUGCCUGUCAAUAUUCACAUUUCUGUGCUGGGUCUCGGGUGACCUGGCCCAAAUUCAGCUGCCCCAAAAAAAUGUCGAAGUGAUCGAAGGGAAGAUGGUAGUGCUGCAGGCUUCAUACACGGGUACUGAGAUUCAGAGAAACACUGUCGUCUGGAACUACAUGUCCAGCAAUACAGAAAUGAUCAUCUCAUAUGUUGGUGGACAGUUGAGUCACCGCAGUGCCCAGUUUGCAGGACGGGUCGGUUUUAACAAAGCAAUGCCCAACACCGACCUGUCCCUGUUCAUAAACAACACAAAAGCAUCUGACUCAGGACGGUACAUGUGUCAGGUGAUCAUCCCCGGGGCCUCAGGGCUCACUGGAGAGCUGACCCUCGAUGUGAAGGUCCCUCCCUCUGUUCCGGUGUGUAAAAUUAUUGGGAAACCAGUUCUUAAAGGAAACAUCACACUCAGCUGUAACUCAGAAUCUGGAAAACCAGCCCCCAUAUACAAGUGGACAAGAACCAGCCCCUCCUCAGAAGUCUUCUUUUCACCUGCGCUAAAUGAAACAGCGGGAACUUUGAAACUGAACAAUCUGAGCAGUAAUAUGUCAGGAAAAUACAUGUGCAUUUCAUCCAACUCUGCAGGAGAGGAGUCGUGCUACUACGACCUGAACGUUAUCACUUCAACUAAUGCCGGUGUCAUUGCUGGUGCUACGGUGGGUUGCAUUGUGGGGGUCGUCCUGAUCAUUCUCGUCAUCUUCUUCUUGUGGACGAGAAGAAAAGACACGGAAGAUGAUAUAGCCAACGAAAUCAAGGAAGAUGCUCAAGCUCCUAAACGCGUCUCAUGGGCCAAAAGUGGCACCGGAUCUGACAUCAUCUCUAAAAACGGCACCCUUUCCUCCAUAAACACCAGCCCUCACCCACGGGACACCCACAACCACCAUUAUUACCCCCACUGUCACCCACCGUCUGACACCGCCUCCAUCAUCACAGCCACGGGCAGCACAGCCGGGUACCGCUCUCAGCCACCAGCAGAUUCCACGCUGGAACGUACGUUGCCGGGUUACAACACCAACCCUUCCCUUCCCCGAGGACCCUUGGGACCCCACAGCACCAACGGAGGCUCCAUGCACCCCUCAGUCCCCCAGACAGCCUCUGCACAGCCGCAGAUUCCACGUCCGCCCAUAAUCCCCACCACCGUAACUGCUGCCAACAUCUCCCGCAUGGGAGGGGUGCCCAUUAUGGUGCCAGCUCAAAACCAGGCUGGCUCACUGGUGUAGGAUCAAACUAUUCUGCUGCACCUCUGAAGGUAAAACGUUCAAGUGGGGCUAAUACCUGCGACCUCACAAACUGAAGCACAUUGGAAAGGACAAAUUGUAACUGAUACUGUAAAUUCAUUGCCUCAUUUUAUGGAAACGGUGUAAUGCAGUGUGAUGUAAUUUUUUACAUUUUUAUUUUUUAAUAAAAUAAAUGUAAUUAGGUAUAUGUAAAGAGCUUGAGUAAUACUGCACAUUUUCUUAUUUUAUACAAUCAUUGUUUACUGCUUUUUUAAGUGUUCCAUAAAAGUUUUAACGUUUCUUUACUCGGUUUAUGAAAAGUUGAACUCGUGAUGAAAAGAGAAUGGAAACUAUUAAGAUUAUUUACGUUUUCCAUGUAAAGAAUCAUCCAUUUAUUUUAUUUUAUUUAGGAUAUUUUUGCAAACUAAAGAUGCUAACUUGCCUUGAUGAAAACAAAUGAAAAUUCCAUAUUAUAAUAUAGAAUAAUCACAAGAGCACAGAGAAUGUCAACAGCCUCCACUUAUAUAGAGUGAUAUAUAUUAAGAUGCUAUACAUUUGCCUUCUAAUGUUUUCUUUGGCCAAAAAAUAUAUCUAGUUAGAAACAAAUCUGUGUUCUUAGCUCUUAUGAAUAUAUGGUAGCUCUCUUUUUAGAAGUGUAGAAUUUGGCAGUAGCUUAUUUAUAUAUGUAUAACAUUUUGUACCCUAUGAUGUGGUUUACAACUAUCAUAGGGCUGAUAAUGUAAAAAAUAUAAUUAUGACUAUUUAUGAACAUUCCUCUACUAUAAAUGUAAUGUAAUGUAUUUUUUGUAAGUCAGUGGUUAUCAUUUCAUGACAGCAGAUAAAGACAAGAUUUUUCUGUUAAUAGGGUAUAAUGGAUACAAACUAAAGAUUUACUGUUGAAGGGUUCACACUGGUAACUUGCUGUCAUUACACGUACUGUUUAAAGCUGUCUAAAACAAACAAUAUUAUUUGUUAACAAGUGAUCCCACACGUGAGAUUAUGAGGCUGUAGAUGGAAGUUCUAAGGAUAAAAGGACCAUUUUACAAGAAAAUAAGUACACAAAUAAAUAAAGUAUUCUGUAAACAAAAGGACAUUUGAGCAUGACCUCCGAUCAGACCAAUAUCAUGAAUCAGUCUACUUGUGUUUAUAAUUGCUUUGUGAGCAAAUGCUGAAUGGAUUUCCAUUACAGGGCACUGAAUUUUACAACACAACUGUUUUAAAUGCAUUAAAUAUGUUCUAAUACAUUGCCUGUAUGCUAACAAACUUAGUAUACUGGCUGUAUUCAUGUCAGUCAUGGUUUAGACACUGGACAACCUCAAACCGCUCAGUAAAUAAGACAUUCAUGGUCUGUGGAUGUUUUGUAUUCAUAUUUUUUAUUAAAAGGAACUGUAAAAAGCAUUCUGGUAAUAAUGUAUCGUCACUGUUAUAUGAUCAGUAGGGCAGCGUUUGUGGCGUUGAGAAUCUGAGAUUUUUGGUAGAUAUUUCCUACCAAUUUUUGUAAAAGAAGAACUUUGGUUCAAGGGUUCACCAUCUAUUCUUAAUAGAUACGUCCUUAGGGAGAAGCACGCUUAUUUACCCUAAUAUUGUGUCACGAAAAUGGCUUAUUUGGAGAAGUAAAUGUGUUGUAACAUUCAUUAACACAACAGCAGACGGUUGGUAUCAGUCGCCUACAUCGCAGAUCUACGCUGACGUCACUAUAUUUUUAAAUAUGUGAAAAAAUUGAAAUGACCAUUACUGGAUUGCAGAUUAGUGCAGUUUAGUAUUUCUUGAAGGACAGACGAGCAGCAGUGACUUGCUUGUAUGCAGUGACUGACCUCUAGUGGAAUAUAGAGGUAUUACAUACAUUGAGGAGGAAAAGAUAAACGGACUUUGACAGGGUUUGACAUUUAUUGGAUCUAUAACUCAGCAAUACUUAACAUUCCUCCAUGUCCCUUAGUAAAUAAGAAAUAUAUACAUUAAAAGAUGUAAGCACAAGGCAUGAAUGACAAUUAAUGUUGUCAAAAAAAAGGUUCUAUAAAAACAAAUAGUACAUUGUCAAAUAAAUGUAGAACUGUAUAUAACAUACACAGGAUGAAAAAAAAUGGGUUAUUCAAAAUGAGAUAAGUCACAAGGGUUUUCCCAACUUGGCAUUAAUGUAGAACACGAAACAUGCUGUAUUUUCAAACAACUUGGCUGAAAUGAAGCCACAAUACUAAAACAGCAAAAAGCAGAAAGUCAGGAUGGAGUAUUUUUCAAAUGUGCUCUUAAAUCAAUGCAUCUACGCAUUGCUGAGAUGAAAUAAUGCCCUUCUCAUC